CGGAGCAUCCAGGACUGCAUCCUUUGCACACUUCCCUGGGAGUAAGCUCCCUUGCACAGUGGGACUUACUGCCCAUAAACACGCACAGGAUUGCAGCAGAAGAUGCUCUAGAAUUUCGUCAGCUCUGCUACUAUCACCUCCCACUCUGCCGAAACCCGAGCGACCCUACACUGCAUUUGGAUAGUUCUCUGUCCCUCUCUUUCCCAGGCCGUUUCAUUCAACCCCGUCAACCUCUUGCCGAUCAAGACACAGCUCGGCUUCCAUUCCGCAUUUUCGCCUGCUCCUUAGUUUGAACGCGCCCUGCCCCGCUCGAGGCAAAUUGCGACGCCCCCUUUCCCCGUACAGUAGCCGCGCUACUCGCUCGCUAUCAGAAGGCUGGAAACGACUCUCGGCGAAGGAUCCGGCACUUUGAGCGCAGGGGCGUGUCCUCCCUUGCUGGCCCCACCUCUUUCUUUCGGCUUUCGGUCUUGGAGCGCCACUAGGCUGUCAGAGGAAAGAGCCACCUGCUUCCGAGCGGUCGCGGUUGGCGGCUCGCUCGUUCCUCCUCCGUCGUAGAAGCUGUAGCGGCCGCUUCCUCGAGCCUCCAACUUCUUCUGCCUGCCCCCCUCCCCUUGCUCCCCGCUCGCUGGAAAGUUCCGGACCUGCUGCAGUUCUCCUUCGGAGAAGAAGCCGCUUCCGCUGCCUGGAAGAGCCCGCCCAGUCGUCCUUCCUUCCUCGCCUUCGGGAGGAGCAGCGGCCGAAGUCGCCGUUCGCCUGGCGGGGAGGCGGGAUGGAGAUGCCCUCUGCCGUCGCCUUUUGCUUUCCUUACCGGCUGCAGCGGCAACCGCCGCUGCUGCUUCUCCUGGGUUUGCUGCUGUCUGCCCUUUCCCUGCGGCCAGGACUUGGAUUAUAUACAGUAAACACAGUAUAUGGAGAUACCAUUAUUUUGCCUUGCCAUUUAGAAGUUCCUAAUGGUCUUAUGUUUGCAAAAUGGAAAUAUGAAAUUGCAAACAAGGCUUCAGAGUUUAUUGCAUUUCGAUCUGCAAAAAAAACAAAUGUACACUAUGACAAUGUACCAGAAUACAAGGACCGAAUAAGUCUUUCUGAAAAUUAUACCCUGUCCAUUAAUAACGCAAGAAUUGGAGAUGAAAAGAAAUUUGUAUGCAUGCUUGUAACUGAAGACAAUGUUUUUGAACAGGCUAUACUCGUCAAAGUUUUCAAGCAGCCAUCACAGCCUGAAAUUGUAAGUCAAGCAGAAUUUCUAGAAACAGAACAGCUAAAAAUGCUUGGGGAAUGUAUUACAGAAGAUGGUUAUCCAGAAGGAAACAUAACAUGGUUCAAGAAUGGUGCUAUUUUGCAACAUGCUGAAGAAGCUGUUGUCAUAAAUGAACAAACAGAUGUAGAUAAAGCCAGUGGACUCUACACCAUCAAAUCUUCCCUAAAAUAUAAACCAACAAAGGAUGACACUGGUGCACAGUUCACCUGCACAGUGACAUAUUUUGGGCCAACUGGACAAGAGAUGAUACGAUCAGAAUCAGCGGUCUUUGACAUUUACUAUCCCACAGAAAAGGUUCAGAUUGAGAUUCUUUCACAAAGAAAUACAAUUAAGGAAGGUGAUAACAUUACCCUAAAAUGUUCAGGAAAUGGUAAUCCUCCACCUCAGGAGUUCUUAUUUUUCAUCCCUGGAGAGCCUGAACCAAUUAGAAGUUCCAGUCUUUAUGUAUUGACUGAUGUAAGAAGAAAUGCGACAGGAGAAUACAGAUGUUCUCUGACUGAUGAAAGUUUGAUGGAUUCCACUACAGUUACAGUACAUUAUUUGGAUUUGUCACUUACUCCCAGUGGAGAAGUUAUUAAACAGAUUGGAGAAGCAUUGCCUGUAUCCUGUACAAUUUCUUCCAGUAGAAAUGCUACCGUGUUCUGGCUGAAGGAUAAUAACAGAAUGCGGUCAAGUCCUUCUUUUUCAAGUUUGCAGUACCAAGAUGCAGGAAAUUACAUCUGUGAAACAACUUUACAGGAAGUUGAAGGCUUAAAGAAAAGUCAAAUUCUGACACUGAUAGUACAAGGAAAGCCUCAGAUCAAAAUGUCAAAGAGAACCAGCACAGAUGGAUCUUAUAAAACUAUAGCCUGUCACGUAGAAGGAUUUCCCAAACCUGCAGUACAGUGGACUAGCAGUGGAGGAGUCAUAAAUAAAACAGAAGAGACUAAAUAUGUCAAUGGAAAAUUUAUUAGUAAAAUCAGAAUUGCUCCUGAAGAGAAUGUUACAUUAACCUGUAUUGCUGAAAAUCUACUAGAAAGAACUGUGACCUCUUUGAAUGUAUCUGCUAUAAGUAUUCCAGAAUCUGAUGAACCAGAAGAAAAAAAUGACGAUAAUAGGGAAAAUAUUAAUGAUCAGGCAAAAUUAAUUGUGGGAAUCGUGGUUGGUCUUCUUCUAGCAGCCAUGGUUGCAGGUGUUGCUUACUGGCUAUGCAUGAAGAAAUCAAAAUCAGCUUCAAAACAUGUAGAUAAAGAUCUUGGAAAUAUAGAGGAAAAUAAAAAGUUAGAAGAAAACAAUCACAAAUUGGAAGCUUGAAACACCAAACUAGUUGGUUACCAUUCCAG